CUUAUUAAAUGCAAAGGAGACAUAAGAUGACAGAAAACUCCACCGUUCCGGCAACAGAGAGAGAUCUUCGUUAUGUGAAAAACGAACCACGCAACGAAACGCAAUCGCAUGAUUCACAUUUGACCCAAAACGACACCGUAUCACUGCAGAGCUUCUCCACCGUUUCGAAUCGAACUCUUUCAAUGGCGAACUCUCAAACGCUAGAUCGUCCAUGGUUCCUCUAUGCAGUGCCGUUAUUAGUCUUUAUUCUCAUCGCAUUUCAUGUCUUCGCUUUGGUGUAUUGGAUUUACAGAUUGUCCACUGAUAGUAAGCAACAACAGCAGCUACUACAGCAACAGCAGCAGCUACAACAACAGGAACUGAGGAGAAAAGCUCACUGAACAGAAUGAUUUCAAUUUGUGUAAACUUUUUAAAAUUUUCUCAUAUAAUUCUUGUUUUUAAAGGAAAAAAUGUGUGAAAUUUGCUUAAUUUGAUGUUGUCAAAUAGUAUAUCUAUAGCGCAAUAGCUUCGUAGAAUUUGAACAAAUUGCUAAUGUUGUUAAAUAGUAGCUAUAGUGGCGCUAUAUAAGCCUAUAACGGUGUUGUGUAGCAGAAUUUGAACAAAAUGCUAUUUUCUGCUAUCUGCGAUUGACAACACCGAAUAUGCCUUGUUGUAGUAUUGGAUUUUGACUGAGAAUGUAAUGUUGUGCGAGAAUUUCAAGUUGUUAAAUUGAGGUUAUAUUAA